AUGGCCAUAGAACGGCACGCAGCUGCCGUGGCGCGCAUCGCCACCACAGUGCGCGGCUUCUUUGACCGCUCCGAGCCGUACCGAAUCUUUCACGGCAGCACCAACUCGACGCGGCCCGCCCGCGGCCCCGGCGCCCGCGUCGUCGACAUCAGCGAGCUGCGGAAUGUGCUGUCGGUCGACCCCGUGCAGCGCACCGCCCUGGUCGAGCCCAAUGUGCCCAUGGACCGUCUCGUCGAGGCCACGCUGGCGCACGGCCUGGUGCCGCCCGUCGUCAUGGAGUUCCCCGGCAUCACCGCCGGCGGCGGCUAUGCCGGCACGGCGGGCGAGAGCAGCAGCUUCCGCCACGGCUUCUUCGACGACAACGUCGAGAGCGUCGAGAUGGUUCUUGCUGACGGCAGCGUCCACCGUGUCAGCGGCGCCCCCAGCGACGAGCGCGCAGACCUCUUCCGCGGGGCCGCUGGCGCCGUCGGCACCCUCGGCGUCGCCACCCUGCUGGAGCUCCGCCUGAUGAAGGCACGCAAGUUCGUGCGCACCAGCUACCGCCGCACGUCGAGCGUGGCCGAGGCCGUGGCUGCCGUGCGCGAGGCCGUGCGCGACCCGGCGACGGACUACGUCGACGGCAUCCUCUUCAGCAAGGACCACGGCGUCGUCAUCACGGGCACGCUGACCGACGAGAACCCCCCCGACGGCGUCAAGCCGCAAACCUUCAGCGGCGCGUGGGACCCCUGGUUUUAUCUGCACGCCAAGGAGCGCACUGCUGACGCCACUGGCACCACGGCAUCUAAUAAGCCAAGUUCCGCGGUUGUUGAUUAUAUUCCUCUCGCCGAGUACCUCUUCCGCUACGACAGGGGGGGGUUCUGGGUCGGCGCGGCCGCGUUCAAGUACUUCUGGAUGGUACCGUUCAACCGGUUUACGCGGUGGUUCCUCGACGACUUUUUGCACACGCGCAUGAUGUACCGCGCGCUGCACGGGUCCGGCGAGAGCGCCCGCUUCGUCGUGCAGGACAUCGCCAUGCCCUUCGCCAUGGCCGAGGCCCUCGUCGACUAUACGGCCCGCGAGCUCGACAUCUGGCCGCUGUGGCUGUGUCCGCUGCAGCGGCGCGCCCCGCCGACGUUCCACCCCUUCACCACCACGCCCGCCGGAAGCACCAGCACCAGCAGCAGCGCCGAGAAGCCUCAGCCCACUGAAGAAGACUCCAUGAUGCUCAACGUCGGCGUGUGGGGCUGGGGCCCUUCGCAACCCGCCGACUUCGUGGCCAAGAACCGGGCGCUCGAGGCGCGCGUGCGCGAUCUUGGCGGCAUGAAGUGGCUGUACGCGCACACGUACUACCCGCCGGCCGAGUUCUGGCGCAUGUACGGCGGGCGGGCGUGGUACGAUGCGCUGCGGUCCAAGUACAAGGCCACGAGCCUGCCGAGCGUCUGGGACAAGGUGCAAGUCGAUGCCGACGCGCAGACGCACCGCAGGCGCAGCUGGCUCAAGAGCGUCCGCCCCGUCGGCGGCCUGUGGGGCAUCUACCAGAGCAUCCGCAGCCGCGACUACAUGCUGCACCGCGGGGCCGGGUGGAAGUACAAGGCCGGGGAGGAGAAGAAGUGA